UUGGCAGUGGUAGUGUUAGUGUUUCAAAGAGGGAGAGAGGAUAGCAGAGCUCUCUGCUAAACUAACUACAUCCACUCACCACUGACUGUAUAUUUACAGUACUUAAGCACCCUGGAUCAACAUCCCUUCAACAGCUUUUCAUAGUGGGUGGAAAACAAAUUAUCUUCACAAACGUUCUGAAUCAGUGAAUAAUAUUCUAAUCAGUGUAUUUUGUAUUAAAAAGCUGAGACACUGGAUAUGCUUACCACUUGGACAAAAGUACUAGAUUGUGAGAACACUUUGGGAAUAAAUCGGGAAGGCAUUUAAAAAGAAUAAACUGUCAUUCUGAAAUGUGUUGUAUCUGACGGAUCUACUUUGGGAUUGCAGUGGAUUUUCUCAAAAGAAAGGAAACUUGAAAAGAUGCUGGGCUGAGGAUGCAGUCUCUUCUUUCAAUACGUGGAAACAGGGCUGGAGUUUUCUUGUCCAUCCAUAGGGAUGUAUUACUAUAACUAGUGCCCUUUAAAAUACUAUGAAUCUAUUUUGCGCGCCUGCUUUCAGAUUGGAUUCAUUCAGACAUUAAGAACUGUAUAAAAAACGAAAACGGUUCCCUUUUUAAUUAACAUAAUAAUUUAUCCAGGAUUGUUUUAAUAUGAUAGAAUGGGUCUGCUACUAGCCAUUCUUGUUUCUGGAUUACUUUUUUUUCAAGUGAACGGAUCCCGCCUUCGUCAGGAGGAUUCCCCCCCUCGGAUAGUGGAACACCCCUCUGACCUCAUUGUCUCCAAAGGAGAGCCCGCCACUUUGAACUGCAAGGCAGAAGGCCGGCCUACACCCACCAUCGAGUGGUAUAAGGAUGGCGAGCGGGUGGAGACGGACAAGGAUGAUCCUCGCUCCCACCGUAUGCUGCUUCCCAGCGGCUCACUCUUCUUCCUCCGCAUCGUACACGGCCGACGCAGUAAACCGGACGAGGGGAGUUACGUCUGCGUGGCCAGAAACUACCUGGGGGAAGCCGUGAGCCGUAAUGCAUCGCUGGAGGUGGCAUUGUUGCGGGAUGAUUUCCGACAGAACCCCACCGAUGUUGUUGUGGCUGCUGGAGAACCAGCAAUUUUGGAAUGCCAGCCCCCACGUGGUCAUCCUGAACCAACCAUUUACUGGAAAAAAGACAAAGUGCGCAUUGAUGAUAAAGAAGACAGGAUCACAAUCAGAAGUGGAAAGCUGAUGAUCUCCAACACAAGAAAGAGUGAUGCAGGCAUGUACAUCUGCGUAGGAACCAACAUGGUGGGAGAAAGAGACAGUGAAACUGCACAACUAACAGUGUUUGAGCGGCCUACGUUUCUGAGGCAACCGAUUAACCAGGUGGUCCUUGAGGAAGAGCUGGUGGAGUUUCGAUGUCAGGUGCAGGGGGACCCGCAGCCCACUGUGCGCUGGAGGAAAGAUGACGCUGAUCUACCCAGAGGACGCUAUGACAUUAAAGAGGAUUACAUGCUUCGUAUUAAAAAGGCUUCCAGCAGCGAUGAAGGUACCUACACAUGUAUUGCUGAGAACCGUGUUGGAAAAGUGGAAGCUGCUGCAACUCUUACAGUCAGGGCUCGCCCUGUUGCUCCUCCUCAGUUUGUGGUCAGGCCAAGAGAUCAAAUCGUUGCGCAGGGUCGAACUGCAUCCUUCCCCUGUGAAACAAAGGGAAACCCUCAGCCAGCUGUCUUUUGGCAGAAAGAGGGCAGCCAGGUAAGUCAAAUUCUUAUCAAACUCAUUUCCCAGAGUGGAGACCUCACAAUCACCACUGUUCAGCGAUCAGAUGCUGGAUAUUACAUCUGCCAGGCUCUUACUGUUGCUGGCAGCAUCUUAGCAAAGGCCCAGCUGGAAGUCACUGAUGUGUUGAACGACAGGCCCCCACCCAUUAUCCGCCAAGGACCAGCUAAUCAGACACUAGCCGUUGACAGUUUGGCUUUGCUAAAGUGCCAAGCCUUAGGUGACCCUAUUCCUACCAUCAGCUGGUUAAAGGACGGUUUGAGUCUCCUUGGAAAAGACUCUAGGAUGUCUCUACAGGACCGAGGAAGCCUUCAAAUCAAAAACAUACGGCUCUCUGAUUCUGGCAUCUAUACCUGUGUGGCUGCAAGUUCCAGUGGGGAAACAUCUUGGAGCGCUUUUCUUGAAGUGCGAGAAUCUGGAGGAGCUACAGUGAGCAAGAAUCAUGAUGUCAGUGAGCUUCCAGGACCCCCGUCCAAACCACAGGUCACCGACGUCACAAAGAACAGUGUCUCGUUGUCUUGGCAAACAGGCAUGACAGGCAGUUCACCUGUCACAUCCUAUGUCAUUGAAGCAUUCAGCCAAUCAGUGAGUAACAGUUGGCAGACAGUUGCUGAUCACGUGAAGAUGACCCAGUUUACUGUGAGAGGACUUAGACCAAACACAAUCUACCUGUUCAUGGUCAGAGCCGUCAACUCACAAGGACUCAGUGACCCAAGUCCAAUAACAGAUCCAGUACGGACUCAAGAUAUCAGUCCACCAGCACAGGGAGUGGAUCACAGGCAUGUGCAGAGAGAGCUGGGGGAGGUGAUUAUACGACUGCACAACCCUGUUGUUCUUACACCAACAACCAUUCAAGUUACUUGGACGGUGGACCGGCAAUCUCAGUUUAUCCAAGGCUAUCGAGUGAUGUACCGGCAGACUUCUGGCCUGUCCUCUCCUUCCAGCUGGCAGGGUACUGAUGUGAAAGUACCAACUGAGAGGAGCACUGUGCUGUCCAAUCUCAAGAAAGGCAUUGUAUACGAGAUCAAGGUUCGGCCAUAUUUCAAUGAAUUCCAGGGGAUGGACAGUGAGUCCAAGUCCGCUCGUACAACUGAGGAAGCCCCGAGUGCCCCUCCUCAGUCUGUCACUGUCCUGACGGUAGGGAACCACAACAGCACAAGCAUCAGCAUCUCUUGGGACCCUCCCCCUCCCGACCACCAGAAUGGAAUCAUCCAGGAGUACAAGAUUUGGUGUCUUGCCAACGAGACUCGAUUUGACGUCAACAAAACAGUGGAUGCAGCUAUUCGCUCUGUGGUUAUUGGGGGGCUCUACUCUGGGAUCCAGUAUCGUGUUGCUGUGGCAGCAAGCACCAGUGCUGGAGUGGGAGUCAAGAGCGAGCCUCAUCCAAUUAUUAUUGGGAAUUUCAAAGAUGUCAUUAUGAGUGGAGCUGGGAGCAACAACAGCAUCACAGAGCAGAUCACAGAUGUUGUCAAGCAACCUGCUUUCAUUGCAGGCAUUGGAGGUGCUUGCUGGGUCAUUCUAAUGGGCUUCAGUAUCUGGCUGUACUGGCGAAGAAAGAAAAGAAAGGGUCUCAGCAACUAUGCAGUAACCUUUCAGCGAGUGGAUGGAGGCAUGAUGAGCAAUGGGAGCCGCCCAGGACUAUUAAAUGCAAGUGACCCAGGUUACCCUUGGCUGGCUGAUUCUUGGCCUGCUUCAAGCAUUCCUGGCACCAAUGGGCCUAAUGACCUUGGAAACUUUAGCCGCGGAGAUGCUCUGCCACUGGUGCCAAGCCAAGGGGACAAAUCCGGAACUAUGCUCUCAGACGGAGCCAUCUAUAGCAGUAUCGACUUUACCACUAAGGCCAGCUACAAUAGCCCCAGUCAGAUUCCUCAGGCCACCCCUUAUGCCACCACACAGAUCCUGCACUCCAACAGCAUCCACGAACUUGCCGUUGACCUCCCUGACCCUCAGUGGAAGGCCUCAAUCCAGGCCAAGCAAGACCUGACAGGAUUGGGUUACUCGCUGCCAGACAAAACGUCAUGCAACAACAGUGGAAAAGGAGGUAAGAAAAAGAAAAACAAAGGUGGAUCCAAACCUCAGAAGACAAAUGGAUCAAACUGGGCCAAUGUUCCUCUUCCACCUCCCCCAGUACAUCCAUUGCCUGGUACAGAACUGGACCACUAUGGCGGGGACCAUCAAGAAGGAGGGUAUGGUAAUGAUGGCUGGGGACCCCCUCUACAUGCCCAGACAUACUUGCAUCAGGGGAUGGAGGAUGAACUGGAGGAAGAAGAUGAAAGAGUGCCAACACCUCCGAUCCGAGGCGUGGCCUCCUCUCCCGCCAUGUCUUAUGGACAGCAGUCUACCGCAACCCUCACACCCUCGCCACGAGAGGAAAUACAGCCUAUGCUUCAGGCCCACCUGGACGAACUGACCAGGGCCUACCAGUUUGAUAUUGCAAAACAAACAUGGCAUAUGCAAGGCAACCCCCAUCCUCCCCAGGCCCCAGCUCCUCCUCUUGGAUACAUUUCCAGUACCCUGCUCUCAGACCUAGAGACUGACAUUCCAGAUGAUGAAGAUGAUGAAGAUGAAGAAGAGGAUGAAGGAUAUGAAAUUGCCAGGCCACUUAGGGGUAUAGAACAUACCCCAGGCUCUAGUAUGGACAAUCUUGACAGCUCAGUGACAGGUUCAAUGGUUAAUGGAUGGGGUUCUGCUUCAGAGGAGGAACAUAACUUCUCUAGCCAUAGGUCUAGCAUAGGUAGCUCCUCUGACGACUCCAUAUUUACCAAUGGCAGCUUUGCCCAGGCGUUGGUUGCUGCAGCAGACAAAGCUGGCUUCAGGUUUGAUGGGACAAGCUUAACCAAAAAAGGUAAAGGCUACUCUUCCUCUCAGAGACCUCGGCCCAGCAGUCCAUUUUCCACAGACAGCAACACCAGUGCAGCUCUCAGCCAGAACCAAAAGGCCAGGCCAACAAAGAAACACAAGGGAGGCAGACUGGACCAGGCACCCAUGCCUCACCGCAGGGAAGGUAUAGCAGACGACUUGCCUCCACCCCCAGACCCCCCUCCAUGCCAGGGAUCCCGGCUGCACUCAGGUUCAGGGCAGAGAGGAAUGGGCAUGGGCGGCUCUGCAGAGAGGAAGGCCAGCUCCCUGGAGAGACAACAUGUCUCCUGCCUGGAGGAGAAGAAGAGCUCCCUGGAGCGGCAGACCAGGAUGUCUCUGGAACGGCAGAGGCAAGCCCAGGAGCGUGUCGGCUCCACGGAGCGCAGCGACGACAUGAGGAGACUCCACCAGCAACCACGUGGAUCAGAAGAGGCAUUGGUGCCAUACAGCAAGCCCAGCUUCCCAUCUCCAGGAGGACACAGUUCUUCAGGAACAUCCUCUUCAAAAGGAUCAACUGGACCAAGGAAAGGGGAGGUCACAAGGGGGCCUCACCAACGUAAUACCACAGACCUCCCAGAUCUAGGAUACAUGGGAACAAAUGGCCAACAGUACUCUGGUGAAUUAUAGUAAACUGAAAAGGAUGCAUCGGUAGCUGCUUCUGACUCCACCAGGUCCACCGAAGUGAUGACACCCAUUGGUGCAAUGAACAUGUACCUUAUUUAUGUACUAUUAGAAAAAAAAAAGAAACUGUAAAUGUGAUGUAAAGACACACAGACACACAUAUCCCACAGUUACUCUUAUGUUUUUGUCCUCUGAAACACACCUCCCACCUUAACUAUUUCUUGUCAGGAGAAAGAAAAAAAAAAGAAAUGUAUUUAAAGACAAAUGAGAAAGAAAAAAAGAACACCCUCCAAGACAAAGGGACUUUGUUUUUGUAAAUAAUCUUUUGUUGUUGCAUUGCUAUGCAAGAUCACUUUUUAGCUUUUUUUUCAUAUGAUAUUGUCAGUUUUUAUUGGUCAUUUGUACUAUAUGUGAAUUAAUAGGCUGUGGUGCCAUAAAGUUAUUGUUUUAUUGUAUAACAUUUUUAUUAUAUGUUUAAUGUUUUGCACUGCAAUUUAUUUGGUGAUAAGCACAAAACCGUACCUCCUUGUGACAUGAAGAAAACCAGAUUGAAUUUGAAGGGAGUUUACUGUAAACUAAAAAAAAGGAGAUUUCUUUUGGAAAGAGCUGAAUCGUCUUCAACACUAGAAAGUCUACUGUGUUUAAUGGGGCUGGCCUUUCUAGGAUUAAGUAGGCUUGUGACAGACAUGUGAUGGUAACAGAUAAAUCUGGUUCACUACUUAGAGUAGUCUUGGACUUGGAGAGAUAAAAAAGCUGGAAAAAUGGUACCAAAAAGGUGUUUCACUAGAGUUGGUUUAAACAGAGGUUGUUACAAUUAAAACUGCCUGUGGCUUGUGCCUUGUAAUCCACAAAACCCCCUAUUAAAAAAUAAAUUGAAGAUCUAAAGUACAUUUCAAGGACAGUAAUCCAAAAGGGCAUAACACAAUGUUUAAAUAUACCUAUUUUCCCUAUGUUUCACUAAAAGCAGCCACUUUUCACUGUGUAUUUCACUGUGCAUUGUCACUCCUGAUAUCUACCCAGUUGUUACAUCCUUUUGGCAUGUGUCCCUCAACUUGUCAUAAUAAAGUGAGAUUCACUGUCUCAAAUGCUGUUCUAAAGUAAUAAAAAAAAAAAAAAAACUGAUUUUUUAAAAUAUAAAGUAAAUCGAAAUUCUAAAACCUUGAAUAUCCAAAAACAAGACUCUUUGAAGAUUGCAGCUGCAGCAGUGGAAUCACCAUUCACUUAACAAAUUAAAAUUGGAACUGAUGCAAUGAACAAAGAAAUAUGAUAAGGUACAAGCCCAGCAUAAUGAAAUGUUUUGCCACUAGCUUUAUGUUCCCAUGGCUGUCUUAGGAAAAGGUACAAAUUACAAAUAAAUUGUAUCAAUUAGCCUUGUGGCUUAAAUGAAAGAUGCAUGACCUUUUCUAAUAGUGUAACAGAUCAGUAUCAAGCUCAGAUAUUAUGUCUUGAUUUUAAAGUUCUGGUGCUACUGUUAUAUACUCUCUCUCUCUCUCUCUCUCUCUCUCUCUCUCUCUCUCU